AUGGAUCGAGAAGAACGGCGAAAAGCCAUUGAAAAACAAGCACAAGAAGCCGGAGAGUCAGAUACGGCACAACGUGAAAAUGAGCGUCCGGCAGCUUCACCGCCACCGAUUCAACGUCUUGGAAAGGACCAUAUGCAAAUGUUCCCAAGCACGUCGUCGGAACCGUCAUUGGCUAAUAAAGAACAAUCUGAUCGUGAUGGCAAUGGUAAAGCACCAGCUGCUCCUGAAACAAAAGCUGAAAAACCAGGAGUCACUGUAACAGCUCCUCAAGCCAUAAGAGAUCCGACAGCCGUACGGACUACCAGUAAGGAUUCGACCAGUGACGAUGAAGAAGGAUCGCCUCCACGUCCGGCUGCACCUGCCGAUUAUGAGAUUUAA